AUGCAAAUACUGAAGAUAUUUCACGAUUCAAGGAAAACAAAACGUGAUCCACGAACCUAUGGCUUAAAGAAAAAAUCUUACUUCGCAAUUGCAUCUCAAGCUGAGGCUAAUGAAGCAAUUCGUGAAAGCUUGAAUUGGGGAUGGAAAUUGCCUUGGUGUCGCGACAGCAAUGUACUACCAAAAUUUACGAAACUAUCCCACCACACUAAUACGAGGAGAACGAAAACCAUUCUCACCCGAGCCAGCCAAGCCAUACUGAGGGAGACUAUUCAUAACACCAGAAAGAAUAUCGCGAGCUUAGAAAGCAAUUUACUCAAGCUACACUUACAGCUAAGCAAUACAAUAAUACCAGUCCUAUGGGAUAUAGCAAAUAACUUGGCUUUCUGGCGUUCCGAAACGGACAAACAACUGAAGAGCCAAAAACUAGAACAUAAGUAUCAAGCUCUUCUUAGGAAAGAUAAUGACCAAAUGAUGACAAGAGGGCUAAACGUGGAAAAAACCGUUCACAACAUAUCGAGGUACAACAUGUCCCAGUCUGAAAUAGCCGUUCUGCACAAGGGGUUCAACUUCGCAGUAGCACCCAAAACGAUUCCAAAAGAAGAAAUUAUAUCCGAGAUAGAAACAGUCAUCGACCACCUGGAAUCGAGCACUGCUGAAGAAGUGAGACAAGAUGUGGCCUGCAUUCUUAGAAAAGCAAAAACACCAGCUUCAAAUAUCACCAAGGAGGAAGAACGAGCGCUAAUCUGCCUUAGAAAGAACAAGGAAAUAAUGAUUCUACCAGCAGACAAAUGGAACGCCACCGUAGUCAUGAAUACAGAGGACUACAAAAGGAAAGUGCAACAGAUACUGGAAGACGACUGCUACAAAAAGGUAUCAAGGGACCCAACAACUUAUCUGAAAAAAACCACCAAAGCAAAGAUCAAGGAAGUUAUCCAGGAUGAGCAGCUGCAAAAGAAACUUAUACCUCGAGAAAAGUCAAGCAGAUGUCCCAAACAUUACGGUUUACCAAAAAUCCACAAGAACGACGUACCACUGAGACCAAUCCUAACAUACCAACCUAUCGUGGAAGCUAAGGCAUCUUAUGUAAAGAACUCCGAACACUUUUUACAACUGAUAAAGGAAAUCAACAUCGAUCAACAAGAUGUCUUGGCUAGCUUCGAUGUGAAAUCUCUGUACCCGAGUAUACCUAUUGACGAGGCUUUGGACCUGAUUGCAAUGAACGAAGAUAUCCCAUCACACGUCAUACAGCUAGCGGAGCACUGCCUAAAGACCACGUAUUUUAGAUACGAUGGUCAGCUCUAUAGACAGACAGAUGGCGCCCCAAUGGGGUCAUCACUUUCGCCAGCGAUAGGAAACCUGUUCAUGACCUAUUUCGAAGCUCAAGCGAUCCGAGAAAGUCAACUGAAGCCGAAGCUCUGGAUCCGAUACGUCGACAACAUUUUUAUCAUAUGGUCCCAUGGGGAGGUUAAGCUAGAUCAUUUUCUAACUUACUUGAAUUCUUUACACGAUAGAAUCGAGUUCACCAUAGAAAAGGAGAAGGACAAACAACUACCAUUUCUGGACGUCCUUUUAACACGAUCAGACGGGAGAAAACUGCAACAUCAAUUAUAUCGCAAACCUACUCACACCGACAAGUACCUGAAUGCACAGUCGCACCAUCACCCUAGUCAAAUCCAGGCCGUUGCCAAUACUCUGAUCUGCAGAUCGGUGAGACUCACAGACGAAAUCCAUAACAAGCAAGAAAUGGAAAAAAUCACACGAACACUCCGAGACAAUAACUAUACGGAGUCUACUAUAAGAAAUGCCAAAAGAACGAACACAAGGACACGGCGAGACUCAACUAAAGAACAGGAAAGGGAAGACAUACAAACCACACAAAACAGUGGGUCAACUAAUAGGAAAUCCAAAGGACCCUUCUCACCUAGAAAAUCAAGGAGUCUAUCUAAUCCCGUGUAG